AUGUCUAGACGUCUAAAAUUCAUGAGCUUCAACGUAAGGUCAAUUCAGUCUGGUUUUCUAACUUUGAAGGAGUAUGUUGUUGACUGUGCUGUCGAUGUCCUGGGUCUCAGUGAGACUUGGCUAACCCCAGAUAUUGAUUCCUCCUCAGUAUUUAUCAACGACUUCAAUGUCGUUAGAGCAGAUCGAAAUAGCAGAGGCGGGGGCGUCGCGUUUUAUGUGAGAAAUGGUAUUGCCUUCAAAAUAUUGCACUCUAAUAUCACCACAGUAUUGGAAGAACUUUGGAUCUCUGUAAAGGUUAAUCAACGCAAAUAUUGUCUAGCUAUAGUCUACCGUCCACCAUCGGCAAACGUGCUUGACUGUUUCCAUCAAUUAACUGAGUCUUUAAGCAACCUUUCACUCGAUAAUGAUUACGCAAUUGUCAUGGGCGAUUUUAAUAUUAAUGUUUUAGUGAACGACGGCCGAUCCGAGAUGCUGAACUGUUUUCUUGAGUCUUUUGAUCUGUCUCAGUUAGUGAAAGAGCCCACACGUAUAACUUCCAAUAGCCAGACAGCUAUAGACUUGCUCAUGGUUAGCUCUGCUGAUAUAAUAAAUGGUUAUGAAGUUGUUGACGUAGAUGGAAUAUCUGACCAUCUAGCCCUAAUAUUUUAUGUAGAUGCAUCGGAGAUAAGCAACCUAUGUAAACUGAGGACAUAUCAUAAGAACUCUACAGAUGAUGAUAUUCUCCAGAAUAUACGAACUGUUAAUGGCUUAGAAGAUUUUCAAGAACACGAAAUUAAAUUGGUGGCGAAGACAAAACAUAAAAACUCCACGAAUUUGAUACUAGAAGUGUCGCCUACAGUGAGAAAUUUUCUUAUCGAUCGCGGUUAUGUAUAUGUUGGUUGGAAUAAGUGCCAAAUAUAUCUUAGAUGUAUGCAACAAUUUAAGACAAUAUUCUUCAUUUUGAACCUCGCCCACGUGUCAGCUUUCCGCAAGCCUCCAGAUGCAUCUAAGGUAGUGCGCCCUCUAUGA